AUGGGAUCUUCAAGGGACAGCGACCAAUCUCCACCUCACCAUCACCAACCUCUCUUGAGCAGCCUUGUCGUCCGCCCCUCCCUAGCCGAGAAUUCUCCCGGUGGUGCUCAUUCCAACGAUUACGAGCCCGGUGAACUCCGCCGUGAUCCUCCUCCACCUCCUUACUCCCGCUCUGAUCGCUAUUCUGAUGAUCCUGGAUAUAGAUUUCGUGCAGGUUCCUCGUCUCCUGUUCACCGAAGAGAUGCUGAUCAUCGCUUCACUUCUGACUAUAAUCACUUGUCAAGAAACCGUGGAUAUGGUGGUGGGAGAGAUCCUGGCAGAUAUCGAGAUCCUCCACACCCGUAUGCUCGAGGUAGAGCAGGCGGCAGGCCAUUUGGUAGAGCUUUUGAUGGGCCUCGCUAUGGUCAUGGUCAUGCAAGAGGAGAAGGCCAUGGUAGAAACAACCCCAAUGUGCGUCCUAGGGAGGGAGAUUGGAUGUGUCCCGACUCAUUAUGUGGUAAUCUUAAUUUUGCAAGGCGUGACUUUUGUAACAACUGUAAGAGGCCUCGUCCUGCUGUUGCUGGAAGUCCUCCUAGGAGGGGUUCUCCACCACUUCAAGCUCCUCCUAGACGCUAUCCUGGACCUCCAAUUGACCGUUCCCCGGAAAGGCCUAUGAAUGGCUACAGAUCUCCUCCUCCUCGUAUGAUGGGAAGAGAUGGCCCUAGAGAGUAUGGAUCGGCUGCUCCUCUGCCACCCCUCCGACACGAAGGUAGGUUUCCAGAACCCAAUGUGCAUAGAGAGCGAAUGGAUUACAUGGAUGAUGCCUACAGGGGGAGAAAUAAGUUUGAUAGGGCACCUCCAUUGGACUGGGAUAAUAGAGAUCGUGGUAGAGAUGAUUUCUCAAAUGAAAGGAAAGGAUUCGAGAGAAGACCACUGUCCCCGAGAAGGCCACUGUCCCCGAGAAGGCCACUGUCACCGAGAAGGCCACUGUCACCACCUGCACCUCUUUUGCCGUCACUUCCUCCCCAUCGCGGCGGUGGCGAUCGGUGGACUCGGGACGCAAGGGAAAGAAGCCGUUCUCCUAUCAGAGGUGGCCCACCAGCAAAAGACUAUCGCAGGGAUAAUGUCAUGAACCGUGUUGGGGGAAGAGAUGAUAGGCGUGGUGGUGUGGGACGUGACAGACUUGGAGGAAUGUAUUAG